AUGGCGAUAGGUCCUUUUCCCUUUCGGGGGAAGGGAGGAAAGGGUGGAAGCGGCUUCCACCCACUCCACUUCGGGCUUGGGUCAGCUCCCUGGGCUUCGCGGAGCACGCCCUGGUGCCACCGGCGGGGCCAUUUCCGCCGCGGGGGCCCAGACAGCGCCGCCGGCUCGCGGGGCGCCAGAAGCAAUGGUGCAUCCCGAAAGGGACGGCGGCCACGUGACAGGGGGGUCACGUGCAGGGUCGUGGGGGACCGCCUGGGGAUCCCCGGACGGCUGCGAGGAAUGAGCGGUUGGCUCGGGCUGGUUUCCUCCCUCCACCGCCUGCUUGUUUCGCCAUGCACGGGCGGGACGGUGGGGCUGCAGCGGCGAAAGCGACUGAAGUCCGGGAGCAGUCGCAUGAGCUUCCCGGUCACCAGGAGGCCCCGGGAACAGACACCUCACCCUGACAUUGUGGCAGGAACUUCUGGAUUGCUUUCCAAAGUGGCUGCACUGUUUUCUAUCCCCACUGGGCAGGAAAACAUCUAAGAAGGGAGGCUCCCCCUUCCCUUGCAGGGUUACCAGCAAUUAAAAAGAAGUACUAGAGAGGCAAAUAUCGGCAGUAUACAUCUAAGCGCUGGUCGGAAAAGAAGGAACUCAGCCCAAGAACUUGCCCAAUCUGAUACUGGAGGUGCCACUCAAGAACCACUCCCUCCAAGAUGUUUUCCUGGAUUUCCUCAGCCUAAAGUAAUCCCUCUUUUUCCUGGCUAUACCAUCUGGAACAGAUGACUUCCAAGGACACCGUAGCAAAGAAAAAGAGAACUGGAAGCCCAUGUGCCUUAAUCGCCUCAUCCUAGAGGGCUCAGCAGUCUGGAAAUAGAAACAAUGGUGGUGGAUCAAUUCAAUUGAUCCAGAUUUGGAAGUUGCGUGGCAAGUGAGAAGGAUUUGGAUGGUAAUGGUGAGAAAGGAUUUGAAAUAAUUUAUCAAACCUGGUUCAGAUCAAUCCUGGUGCAUAAGUGACUAACAAGGAGCUGGAGUGGAUGGCAUUGCAUAGUGGCUAGAACCCUAAAACAAGGGAUUUUACAUGAAAGUGGAAAGAUAACUGUUUGGUUUUGCAUUUACCCAUUCCCUCUGUUGAGUUUUUUUUUUUUUUAAUACUGAGUUAUUCACUACUUUGUCUUCUUUUUUUUUGAGACAGAGUCUCAUUCUGUUGCUCAGGCUAGAGUACAGUGGCAAUCUCGGCUCACUGCAGUCUCUACCUCCCGGGUUCCAGUGAUUCUUGUUCCUCAACCUUCCGAGUAGCUGGGAUUACAGAUGCCCACCACCAUGCCCAGCUAAUUUUUGUGUUUUUAUUAGAGAUGGGGUUUCACCAUGUUGACCAGGCUGAUCUCGAACUCCUGACCUCAAGUAACCCACCCACCUCAGCCUCCCAAAGUGCUGGGAUUACAGGCGUAAGCCACUGCACCUGGCCUGCUUUGCCUUCUUAAACAGAUGAUUCAGAACAUAAUAUAACCUUGUCUUGUGACUCAGGGUGGCCAUUAUGAUCAUCUGCUUUUGCCCUGGACCUCUGAGGCAUGUAGCAAUAUGUCUUUCCUUAUGUCUUUUCCCUAAGUGUGUUCCGGAUUUUUGUGCUUUUGAAGAAGUUCUGAGAUCAACGUAUUCUUGGUUCUUCUAAUGUGUAGCUGUUUGACUAAGGACUGACUCCAUGCAUCUCCUAUGAAGUGAAGUUCAUGGGUUUUAUGACAGCAAUUUUACAUGCUGCUUAGAUGCUUUUUUCUCAUCUAGGUUUUUAGUUAUAUUAUGGCAGAGAUUAUAAGAAAUCUGAUCUCUAGAGAAGUGUUGGUACUUCUUUAAUUUGGCAUAGACUAUUUUUGGCAAGCUAGUUUUCUAGCAUUGAACACUUUAAUGAAUAAGUUCAUAGUCACCCUAUCCACAUUCUUUUUAAUGGUAGAAAACUGUCUGUCUAAUACAGUAGCCAUUAGCUACAUGUAGAUUUUUAAAUUUAAAUAUAAAUUAAUUAAGAGUAGGCUGGGCAUGGUGGUUCAUGCCUGUAAUCCCAGCACUUCAGAAGGCCAAAGUGGGUGGAUCAUUUGAGGUCAGGAGUUCAAGACCAGCCUGGCCAACAUGGUGAAACCCCGUUUCCACUAAAAAUACAAAAAUUAGCUGGGCGUGGUGGUACACACCUGUAAUCCCAGCUACUGGGGAGGCUGAGGCAGGAGAAUUCCUUGAACCCAGGAGGCAGAGGUUUGCAGUAGCCGAAAUCCGCCACUGCACUUCAACCUGGGUGACAGAGCAAGACUCCAUCUCAAAAAAAAAAAGAAAGAAAAAAUUCCCUUAUUGUACUAGCCACAUUUCAAGUGCUUAGUAGUCACAUGUGGCUACUGGCUACCCUAUUGGAAAGUGCAGAUGUAGAACACUUUCAUCAUCAAAUAAAGUUAUAUAGAGCAGCAAUGGUUUAGACAUUGAGCCAGUCUCUUCUCAGGCUUCUUGUUUCCAAACUAGAGUCUCAUGGUUUAAGUGCAUCCUUGUACAAGCAACCAUGCUCAUACUAUUCUCCAACACUCUCUGACUUCCAACCCCUGAUCAUUGUCAUUUGCUCUCUAUUAGUAUUAAUUUCCUAUGGCUGCUAUAACAAAUCAUCACAAGUUUAGUGGCUUAAAACAACAUAAAUUUAUUAUCACAUAUGACAUAGUUUUGAUAUUUGUCCCCUUCAAAUCUCAUGUUGAAAUGUGACCCCUGAUGUUGGAGGUGGAGCCCACUGGGAGGUGUUUAGGUUAUGGGGGUUGAUCCCUCUUGAAUAGCUUGGUGCUGUCCCCAUGAUAAUGAAUGAGUUCUCACUCUAUUAGUUUACAGGAGAUCUGGUUGUUUACAAGUACAUAGCAUGCCUCCCCUCUCUCUAUCACUCCCCCCUCACCAUGUGACAUGCCUGCUCACCCUUUGCCAUCUGCCAUGAUUAGAAGCUUCCUGAGGUUCUCACCAGAAGCAGAUGCUGGCAUCAUGCUGCUUGCUGCUUAUACAGCCUGCAGAACUGUGAGGCAAAUAAACCUCUUUUAUUUAUAAAUUACCCAGUCUCAGGUGUUCCUUUAUAGCCACACAAAACCAACUAAGGCAAUACAGUUUUGGAGAUUGAAGUUCAAAAUCAGCCAUUUUCCAGCUUCAAGAUGCUGCCUACAUUCCUUAGUUCAUAGCUCCGUCCUCCGUCUUCAAAGCCUGCAGCGUAGCAUCUUCAAGUCUCUCUGUGACUCUCUGACCUCCGCUUCCAUAGUCACAUGACCUUCUCUGACUCUGACCUUCCUGCCUCUUUUAUGAAGAGUCCGUAAUAAAGAUUAGGUCGCCUUGGCUAAUCCAGAGCAAUCAUCUCAUUUCAAGAAUAUUAACUUAAUCACACCUGCAAAGUCCCUUUCAGCAUUUUACCAUUAUGUUAUACCGGUAUGUUGUGAGGACCACUAUUCAGCCUGCCACAGACAGUUUUCUACAGUGGCAUUUUGUUUUCCUGUGAUGGACAGUGAUCCAGUGGUCCUUAUUUUCCAGGACCAGAGUAUGCUGGUCCAGCACAGAGUAUGCUGAUAUCCCAAGGUUUUAUAUAAAGGGAGGAUAAUGUUUUAAAAUCUUAUUUUCUGUGAGAAAACAUUUUAAAUGGUCAAUUUUCAAGGUAUGAUAAAUCUAAGUACUGGCAGCCAGCGUGCGGACGUGACAAACCGCACAGCUCAUGCACCUAGAAAGUCGCAAUAAGAAAACAGAAUGUAGAGGAGGAGUCAGCCUAUAAAAGGGAAGAAAAAGUUUACAGAGUUAUUGGAAAAUCGAAACUUAAGCAGGGAAGGGGACUGGGUUAUAACCUUAUAAGGGAUAAUGAAACUUAGGUGACGUCCAGGAAGAUUGUAACCCCACAGUAUUUGACCAAUGAGGAACUGGGGGAGGGACCUGCGUGCUAGGAGAUAAAUUACCUGCUGUAGCUGCCCCAGCUGUGCCUGCCUACCAGACACCCAUUC